AUGGCGAAGAAAGUUUUCAAUACAGAUGAAUUCAUAGAAGCGUGGAAGGAAGAAAAGUCAUUAUGGGAUGUUACUUCAGAUAUUUACAAGAACAGGUUCGAGAAGGCAAAUAGUUUGAAAAAGUUAGCAGAAAAAUUUGAACUAUCAGAGACAGAGGUAAAAUCAAAAAUCAACACUCUGCGAACUUACUUUUCGAAAGAAUUAAACAAAAGUAAAGAUCAACGCAGUGGGGCAGGAAGAGACGAGAUUUACAAAUCCAAGUGGCCAUACUUCAAGUCAAUGCUUUUUAUAAGAGACAUAAUCAAGCCAAGAAAAACAAUAUCUUCGUUGGACAAUGAUUGCGCUGCGGCUGAUACUGAUGAAGAUAGCUGCCCUUACGAAAAAGAAAGAGAAAAUCUCAAUGUGGAUUUGUUGGAGGAUUCUGACAACACUUUGAGGAAGCAAUCGACGAAAAGGCCUCUUGCAAAAAGGCAAAAGAGAAUGGUAAAGGUAGCAAAAGAAGAUUUGCUGAUAGACCAAGCGUUAUCGGCCCUUCAAUCAAAAGUGGCGACACCAGAAGACGGGGAUGAUAUAUUUGGAAAAAAUGUUGCAUGCUCCCUAAAAAAGAUUAAUGAUGAGCAGACAAAGGAGUACGCUAAAUUAAAAAUACAAGAAAUUCUUUUUCAAGCACGAUGUGGGGCGUUGUCUCGGGAGCAAAUGUUAUCUUCAGCUCAGAAUAGAUUGCCAAUAUUUAAUAAUCAAUCUUUUCCUGUAAACCAAAUGAGCUAUGUUCAUCCAGUGUGUCAGUCACCCCAAUCCCCAACAUAUAGUUAUCCCAGUCAAGCAAUGCAGUCGAAAAGCCCCUCAAGUAUGAUGUAUGAAUAA